AUGAUUCAAGGGUCGGAUUUUACUGCCUUUGUCAAAAGGUCCCUUCGUAAAUGGACCACCAGAGAAGGUCUUGUAGGUGACUACGACUAUGGUUACCUCUUCAUCCCAAAGCUUCCCUUCAGUAAGGCUGUCCCUAAGACCCAGCCGUUCUUUGGCCUUAACACAGAGAUGCCAAUUCUCUUGGGGUUCAUCUUGGGGUUCCAACACUCCUUGUCUAUGCUUGCCGGGGUCGUCACUCCUCCUAUUAUCAUUGCUGGUAUGGCCAAUCUUUCUGGUGAAGUCCAAGAAUACCUUGUCUCAUCUUCAUUGAUUGUGUCUGGGUUACUUUCUACCAUUCAAAUCACAAGAUUCCACAUCUAUGGGACCCCUUACUACAUCGGGACUGGGUUAUUAUCGGUGGUUGGUACCUCGUUUGCUACCAUUACCAUUGUCUCAAGUGCCUUCCCCAUGAUGUACAAGAGUGGUAUUUGUGCCACCAUCGACGGGGUUCAACAACCUUGUCCCGAUGGUUAUGGGCUUAUCUUGGCCUCUGGUUGUGUCUGUUCCUUGUUUGAAAUCUUAUUAUCCUUCAUGCCUGCUAAAACUUUACAAAAAAUCUUCCCUCCAAUUGUCACUGGACCAGUUGUUCUUUUAAUUGGGGUUCAUUUGAUUGAAUCUGGUUUCCAAGAUUGGGUUGGUGGUUCUGGUUGUGUUGGUAAGGUUUGUAAUUCUCCUGCUCAUCCAUUACCCUGGGGGUCUGCUGAAUUCAUUGGGUUGGGAUUCCUUGUCUAUGUUUCCAUCAUCAUUGCUGAACGUUGGGGGUCCCCAAUCAUGAAAUCAUGUGCUGUCAUCGUUGGGUUACUUGUGGGUUGUAUUGUUGCUGCUGCCUGUGGUUACUUCUCCUCUGGCGCCAUCAGUCAAGCUCCAGUUGCCACUUUCAUGUGGGUCCACACUUUCAAGCUCAAGGUAUAUGGACCAAUCAUCUUGCCGUUCUUGGCUGUCUACAUUGUGUUGAUGAUGGAAGCCAUUGGGGACAUCACCGCUACUUCCGAUGUAUCCAGAUUGGAAGUUGAAGGUGAAUUAUACGAAUCUCGUAUCCAAGGAGGUGUUCUCGCUGACGGGUUCAACGGGUUACUUUCUGGAUUGAUGACUGUCACUCCAAUGUCCACUUUUGCCCAAAACAACGGUGUUAUUUCCGUCACAAAGUGUGCCAACCGUAAGGUUGGAUACUGGUGUGCCUUCUUCAUGGUUGUUAUGGGAGUUUUCGCCAAGUUUGCCGCCGCCAUUGUUUCUAUUCCUAAGGCUGUUCUUGGUGGUAUGACCACCUUUUUGUUCACUUCAGUUGCAGUCUCCGGUAUGAAGAUUAUUGCCUCCACCGAGUUCACUCGUAGAGAUCGUUUCUUAUUGGCUGCCUCCUUGUUGAUGGGUUAUGGUUCCAUCUUGGUUCCUAACUGGUUCAGUGGUGUGUUCACCUACUCUGGGGACAACAAGUCCUUACAAGGGUUCCUCGACGCCAUUGUGUUGGUCAUGGAAACCGGGUAUGCCAUCACCGGGUUCAUUGGUGUGAUCUUGAACUUGCUUUUGCCACAAGUUGACGAUGAAGUUGAAGAAAUCAAUGAAGUUGUUUUGGAAACCGUUGGUUCUGCCGAUCAACGUGGUAUGGAACUCUAUGCCCAAAAGGAAGAUCUCAAGUUGGAAACCUUACGUUCCAACGUUGGAAGUGGAUCCAGUCACACUCAAUAA